AGGGCAACCAUCACUUGAUCCUGAUUUUUAGAACGGAAAAGAAGUAAAAACGCAGCAUACGCAGAUGGUAGAAUCCAAAAUCCAUGAGUGACAAUAUUAGCAAUGUGUUCAAUCUGAAAUCACUCUGUCGGUUCAUAAGCUUUACGAUUCUGAGGUUUUUCAUUCAUCCAUUUAAUUUCAUUAAACUGAAAGUC